CUAUUAAUAAAUAAAACGUGUAAUUCAUAAAUUUUUAAAGAAUUUUCUUUUCAAGGAAGACUACGAUUUCAUAGCUAUUUUGUUCACAAAAUGAUAAAGAGUCCUGUAAAUAUUUCAAUGAAAGUGAUAUAAAGCACGUUCCAGCUAUUCCUGGAAUGGGAUCUGCAGUGUUUGCAGAAAAUAUACAACAACAUCAUAGAAACCGAGGUGAAGUUUCACCAGGUACUGUCGGAGAUGACAAACGUUACGAAGUAAUAUCUAAAGAAAUGACAUCUUUUUUAAUACUACUCGCUAUUUAUUUUCCCUCUGUUACGGGUAUUUUAACAGGAUCUAAUUUAUCUGGAGAUCUCGCGGAUCCACAGUCAUCUAUUCCUAUUGGGACUAUUGCUGCCCAACUUACUUGCUCGUUCGUUUACUUGGCUUUUAUUAUAAUUUUAGGCACAAGCGUUAAGGGAGAAUUUUUAAGAGAUAAAUUGGGAGAAAGUCAAGGCGGAAAUCUUGUUGUUGCAAAACUUGCUUGGCCUCAUGAGUUGGUUACUUUGAUUGGAGCUUUUUGUUCAACAAUGGGAGCGGCUCUACAAUGCAUGUGUAGUGCACCUAGAUUAUUAAGUGCUAUUGCUAAUGAUAAUGUUCUUCCUAUUCUAAAUAUUUUCAAAGUUAAAUGGAGGUUUCGUUAUAUAUAGAAUAUCGAAAAGAUUACAUAACCAACAGACUAUAAUUUAAAUAUAAUUAACUAAGAACAAUGCACUCUUUUCCUUAUUCUAAAUUCAAAGGAAUGAACCGAUCAGAGCACUCAGCUUAACAGUUCUUUUGGCUCUAUUAGGAAAUUUGACUGCAAAAGUGGAAACUAUAGCACCUAUUAUAGAUGUUUAUUUUUUGUUUUGUUACUUUUUCGUUAAUGUUAUAUGCACUAUACACAGCUUGCUAAAAUUACCUCUUUGGCGUCCCAGAUUUAAAUACUAUCAUUGGAGUUUGUCACUCUUCGGUGCGAUAAUCAAUAUUCUGCUGGUGUUUACGGUUCAUUGGUAUUAUUGGGCAAUUUCCUUAUUUAUUGGACUUACUGUAUUCUUUUACAUAAGUUUCACGACUUGUCAAGGAGCAUGGGGACAUACAGUAAUAGGUUUUACCCUCUCAUUAGCGCAAAAGAUACUCUUUAAUACAAGAGACACCGAAAUGCAAGUGUUAAAUUGGAGGCCUCAAUUACUAAUUCUUUACAAGCUUGAAGCAGUUUCUCUAGCCCCAAAAUAUCCUAGAAUAUUUAGUAUUGCCAGUCAGUUGAAGGCUGGCAGAGGCUUUACUGUCAGUGCUACAAUGUUACAUGGAGAUUUGAUGGAAUUAGAAUCAGAUAUUAUUUUAGCAAGACAGCUUUUGAGGACAAGUAUGAUAGAAGAGGAUUUGAAUGGUUUUUGUAAAAUUCUUGCUACUAGAAAUCCUAUAGAAGCUAUAAAUAUUUUAUUGCAGACUGUAGGCUUAGGAAAUCUUAAAGCUAACACUGUUAUGUUAUCUUGGCCCGAAGAUUGGCAACUAUCUAAUGAAAGAAACAAGGUUUUUAUAGAAACGCUCCGACUUGCUUACGCAAAGAAGAUAGCAAUAAUUGUUCCUGUGAAUAUAGAUAGUUUUCCAACAAAUAAUACUGUAAUGACGGGCAAAAUAGAUAUUUGGUGGAUUAUACAUGAUGGUGGAAUGUUACUAUUGUUAGCGUUUUUAUUAAAGCAACAUCCUGUAUGGAAAAAAUGUCGCUUAAGAAUCAUAACAGUUACAGCAAAAAAAUCGACUCCGGAAGAGCUAAUCAAGCUAAAAGAAAAGAUGUUAAAAUAUUUGUACGAAAUUCGUAUUGAUGCUGAAGUACUUGUUGAAGAAAUUUCUGUCCAAAACCUGCAAGCAUAUGUUUCCAUUGUUAAAUCGAAUAAGAAAAGGGUUAAAAGGUCAAUAAGUACAGCACUACAAGAUAUUGUUGAAACGGUUCGAGGAGUAUCCCAGGAAGAAGAGGAUGAUGAAGAUGACGAAGAUGAUAUCGCUUUUAAGUCUGACAUAGAGGAGAGUCAAGUUAAGGAAGAUAUUUUCGAAAAAGACGAAGAUGAAGAAGAUAAAAGUUCAAGUAGCGAUGAAAUGAUUCAUUGGCGCAUGGAAAUAGCGAAGAAACUUAACGAAAGCGUAAAAAGCAUGUCGGCCCAAUCAAGUUUAAUUCUUAUGAAUAUUCCUUCUCCACCUAAUCUACAGAUUAGUGAACAUUUAAUUAGAACAUAUAUGAAAUAUUUAGCUUGUCUAACUGAUGGACUACAAAGAGUUAUGUUAGUUCAUGGAUCUGGAACUGAAGUUGUUACUGGACUUCAAUAA